GGAGUAAGUAAGUAAGGUCUUUCUAACAUGUUUGAUUUGAGACAACGUAGGGAGUCUCACUUUCAUCUUGUGUUUAAAGAGCAGAUUAUAAACUACACAACAUUUCUUAAAUUGUGUUAAUAGGCCAAGGAAAAAUCUGAGUUAUGCAAAAAUCAACUUUUUUUUCUGAACAAAUGAGAAAUGUUGAAAACUGGGUAUUCUGAGAAUGUGAAGCGGGAACGGAGUGGCGGCGGGAAUUGAGAAGCGGGAAAAACAGUGAGAUGGCGACAUGGACGGAAAGUUUUGAUAUUGGAGCGAUCUGUGACAUUCAAUUUAUAAUUUAUGUGCAUUAAUUUAGUGGUUUUUGUUUUGUAUAUAAAGGAUGAUGCGCAGAAUGAAUGUGCAGCAGGCACUGGUGCUCUGUUUUGAACUGGUUUCCCUGAGUCAGCUGUUUUUUUACUGGGAAAGGUCAAAUCUAAACCAGUCAAAAACUACCAUAUAUACCUUUGACCUCAGAGGGUUAAAGCCUGUGAGCUAAAUGCUGCUCUGCUGUCUUGUUGAUUUAUCAGGAUUAUAUUGAAGUCAGUUUUAUUCUUUUGUGUGGGUAUUGUUGGAUAAUAUAUAAAAUGAGACACUAGAUGUAGAGUAAAUGUGUACUUCUCUAUGUUUCUCAGUCUAUUAUUCUGUCAUUUAAAUUAGUCUAUAGUCUUAUUAUUUUUAUUUUGUAAAACAGAAGCUUUACUUAUUCAGUAUAAAUAACAUGUAAUUGUGCUUAUCUGAGUCACAAUACGUUAAUAUUUGUGAGAUUUUUCUGUUUAGCUUAAAUGAAAUUUAAACAUUCAAAGUAAUAUACCUGUUUGAAACAUAGAUAUCAAACAUGAUGUAGGAGAAUGUUCAAUACAUUUAAGUACAUUUUAACAUUUCAAAUGCAUUUACUGUUUAACAGUUAAUAAAGCUACAGAAUAUGUUCACUUAUGUGCAGGAUGCAAAAAAUCAACUUAUUAGUGACUCAGAUGAUGUUAGCUAACCUUUACUAAACCUAGUUUAGAGACCAUUGUUUACUUGAGAAUCAACCACACAUAGUACAUUACAUUUUUACCUGUGUUUACUUACCUGUUAUACCACAAUUAUCUGGAGGUAUAUUGUUUAUUUUAAUGCAGCUUUUUAUAUGGAAAUUCCCCUAAAUUUGAACCUAAUGUCUCUACUCAUAUCUGCUGCCAGGCUGAAUCACCAUCCCAACAGAGUGAAAGUGUCAGGGAGGAGAGCAGCCUAUACACACUUGAUGAGCAGCAGCACCCUAUUCAGCACACGCCGCCCUGUAAAAACCCACCUAUGCCAAGAGCUGGCUCUAACCUGACUAAAUCUUAUGCCAUUUCCAUGUACACAGUCAGAAUUAUGCAACAGAAGGUAAAAUACUCAUUUUUUGAAAGGCUAGCAAGAGCCGUUACUUUGACCAGUUUUAAUGUUAUCACAUAGUGCUGACAAACUGCUUUGAUCCCCUGUGACAUCAUAGGCUGUGACAUGUUCCUUAGAAUGGAAUUGUCUGCUCCUUCUUGCUUACCUUCCAUUUAACUUCAACUGUUGAUCAGUCAAGAACACACAGAUAAAUCUUUGAGAAAUCGCUGAAAUGCAUUACUUUUUAUUUGAAACUUUAAAAAAUAUGGGAAUUUGUGAUCUUGAUGAUCCAGCAGGUUGCUUCUGCUGUAGAAGAGGUUGGUUUUGUUUAAUCCACCGGAAACCACAGGACCUCGAGGCUCCAGAAACACAUUUGAAGGACUCAGAAGGUUGCACCGAAACGCCUCUUUGACUUCAGCAGAUCCUGUAAUCUUUGAAACACUACAAAGAAAUCCUUCUAUUAUCCACAACCUGAAUUUGUAUACUGACAACCUGAAGCAAAGACCCUCUAACAACAGUCAUCAAGACUUGACUGAGAAAAGACAAACGUCACAGGUUUCUGACCCAAACUGUGUUUCUGCUAAGAUCCAGACAAAAGUAGAGACAACUGAUAAGAAGGUUCAAAUCUUCAAGCCUAAAAAUGAUUGCUCAAACAGAACCCUGCCAGAAACAGAAUCAACUAAGGCAUGGACCCAACAGGUUUCCAGUACUGGCUAUGUGUCUAAUGUGGUUCAAAAGCCAGAUGAGACCACUGACAAUAUGACUCAAGCAUCUGGGACAAUAUCUAAAUAUAAUCCUUUUUCUAAAGCCCAGACUGCUUCAGAACAACAGAAUCUUAAAGACUUUGAUAAACCUCUGAAUCAGACCACCAAUGGAUCCACAAACACAUUUGAUGGAUGCACAAAGUUGCACCGAAACGCCUCUUUGACUUCAGCAGAUCCUGUAAUCUUUGUAAUACUACAAGGAAAUCCUUCUAUCAUCCACAACCUGAAUUUAUAUACCGAUAACCUGAAGCAAAGACCCUCUAACAGCAGUCAUCAAGACUUGACUGAGAAAAGACAAACGUCACAGAUUUCUGACCCAAACUGUGUUUCUGCUAAGAUCCAGACAAAAGUAGAGACAACUGAUAAGAAGGUUCAAAUCUUCAAUUCUAAAAACAAUUGCUCAAACAGAACCCUGCCAGAAACAGAAUCAACUAAGGCAUGGACCCAACAGGUUUCCAGUAUUGGCUAUGUGUCUAAUGUGGUUCAAAAGCCAGAUGAGACCACUGGCAAUAUGACUCAAGCAUCUGGGACAAAAUCUAAAUAUAAUCCUUUUUCUAAAGCCCAAAGUGCUUCAGAACAACAGAAUCUUAAAGACUUUGAUUCACCUCUGAAUCAGACCACCAAUGGAUCCACAAAAACAUUUGAUGGAUGCACAAAGUUGCACCGAAACGCCUCUUUGACUUCAGCAGAUCCUGUAAUCUUUGUAAUACUACAAGGAAAUCCUUCUAUCAUCCACAACCUGAAUUUAUAUACCGAUAACCUGAAGCAAAGACCCUCUAACAGCAGUCAUCAAGACUUGACUGAGAAAAGACAAACGUCACAGAUUUCUAACCCAAACUGUGUUUCUGCUAAGAUCCAGACAAAAGUAGAGACAACUGAUAAGAAGGUUCAAAUCUUCAAUUCUAAAAACAAUUGCUCAAACAGAACCCUGCCAGAAACAGAAUCAACUAAGGCAUGGACCCAACAGGUUUCCAGUAUUGGCUAUGUGUCUAAUGUGGUUCAAAAGCCAGAUGAGACCACUGGCAAUAUGACUCAAGCAUCUGGGACAAAAUCUAAAUAUAAUCCUUUUUCUAAAGCCCAAAGUGCUUCAGAACAACAGAAUCUUAAAGACUUUGAUUCACCUCUGAAUCAGACCACCAAUGGAUCCACAAAAACAUUUGAUGGAUGCACAAAGUUGCACCGAAACGCCUCUUUGACUUCAGCAGAUCCUGUAAUCUUUGAAAUACUACAAGGAAAUCCUUCUAUUAUCCACAACCUGAAUUUAUAUACCAAUAACCUGAAGCAAAGACCCUCUAACAGCAGUCAUCAAGACUUGACUGAGAAAAGACAAACGUCACAGAUUUCUGACCCAAACUGUGUUUCUGCUAAGAUCCAGACAAAAGUAGAGACAACUGAUAAGAAGGUUCAAAUCUUCAAUUCUAAAAACAAUUGCUCAAACAGAACCCUGCCAGAAACAGAAUCAACUAAGGCAAGGACCCAACAGGUUUCCAGUACUGGCUAUGUGUCUAAUAUGGUUCAAAAGCCAGAUGAGACCACUAACAAUAUGACUCAAGCAUCUGGGACAAAAUCUAAAUAUAAUCCUUUUUCUAAAGCCCAGACUGCUUCAGAACAACAGAAUCUUAAAGACUUUGAUAAACCUCUGAAUCAGACCACCAAUGGAUCCACAAACACAUUUGAUGGAUGCACAAAGUUGCACCGAAACGCCUCUUUGACUUCAGCAGAUCCUGUAAUCUUUGUAAUACUACAAGGAAAUCCUUCUAUUAUCCACAACCUGAAUUUAUAUACCAAUAACCUGAAGCAAAGACCCUCUAACAGCAGUCAUCAAGACUUGACUGAGAAAAGACAAACGUCACAGAUUUCUGACCCAAACUGUGUUUCUGCUAAGAUCCAGACAAAAGUAGAGACAACUGAUAAGAAGGUUCAAAUCUUCAAUUCUAAAAACAAUUGCUCAAACCAAACCCUGCCAGAAACAGAAUCAACUAAGGCAUGGACCCAACAGGUUUCCAGUACUGGCUAUGUGUCUAAUGUGGUUCAAAAGCCAGAUGAGACCACUGACAAUAUGACUCAAGCAUCUGAGACAAAAUCUAAAUAUAAUCCUUUUUCUAAAGCCCAAAGUGCUUCAGAACAACAGAAUCUUAAAGACUUUGAUACACCUCUGAAUCAGAUCAGCAAUGGAUCCAGAAACACGUUUGAUGGAUGCACAAAGUUGCACCGAAACGCCUCUUUGACUUCAGCAGAUCCUGUAAUCUUUGUAAUACUACAAGGAAAUCCUUCUAUCAUCCACAACCUGAAUUUAUAUACCGAUAACCUGAAGCAAAGACCCUCUAACAGCAGUCAUCAAGACUUGACUGAGAAAAGACAAACGUCACAGAUUUCUAACCCAAACUGUGUUUCUGCUAAGAUCCAGACAAAAGUAGAGACAACUGAUAAGAAGGUUCAAAUCUUCAAUUCUAAAAACAAUUGCUCAAACAGAACCAUGCCAGAAACAGAAUCAACUAAGGCCAGGACCCAACAGGUUUCCAGUACUGGCUAUGUGUCUAAUGUGGUUCAAAAGCCAGAUGAGACCAUUGACAAUAUGACUCAAGCAUCUGGGACAAAAUCUAAAUAUAAUCCUUUUUCUAAAGCCCAAACUGCUUCAGAACAACAGAAUCUUAAAGACUUUGAUACACCUCUGAAUCAGAUCAGCAAUGGAUCCAGAAACACAUUUGAUGGAUGCACAAAGUUACACCGAAACGCCUCUUUGACUUCAGCAGAUCCUGUAAUCUUUGAAAUACUACAAGGAAAUCCUUCUAUUAUCUACAACCUGAAUUUAUAUACCGAUAACCUGAAGCAAAGACCCUCUAACAGCAUUCAUCAAGACUUGACUGAGAAAAGACAAACGUCACAGAUUUCUGACCCAAACUGUGUUUCUGCUAAGAUCCAGACAAAAAUAGAGACAACUGAUAAGAAGGUUCAAAUCUUCAAUUCUAAAAACAAUUGCUCAAACAGAACCCUGCCAGAAACACAAUCAACUAAGGCAAGGACCCAACAGGUUUCCAGUACUGGCUAUGUGUCUAAUGUGGUUCAAAAGCCAGAUGAGACCACUGACAAUAGGACUCAAGCAUCUGGGCCAAAAUCUAAAUAUAAUCCUUUUUCUAAAGCCCAAAGUGCUUCAGGACAACAGAAUCUUAAAGUCUUUGAUACACCUCUGAAUCAGAUCAGCAAUGGAUCCAGAAACACGUUUGAUGGAUGCACAAAGUUGCACCGACACGCCUCCUUGACUUCAGCAGAUCCUGUAAUCUUUGUAAUACUACAAGGAAAUCCUUCUAUCAUCCAGAACCUGAAUUUAUAUACCGACAACCUGAAGCAAAGACCCUCUAACAGCAGUCAUCAAGACUUGACUGAGAAAAGACAAACGUCAAAGAUUUCUGACCCAAACUGUGUUUCUGCUAAGAUCCAGACAAAAAUAGAGACAACUGAUAAGAAGGUUCAAAUCUUCAAGCCUAAAAACAAUUGCUCAAACAGAACCCUGCCAGAAACAGAAUCAACUAAGGCAAGGACCCAACAGGUUUCCAGUACUGGCUAUGUGUCUAAUGUGGUUCAAAAGCCAGAUGAGACCACUGACAAUAUGACUCAAGCAUCUGGGCCAAAAUCUAAAUGUAAUUCUUUUUCUAAAGCCCAAACUGCUUCAGAACAACAGAAUCUUAAAGACUUUGAUACACCUCUGAAUCAGACCACCAAUGGAUCCAGAAACACAUUUGAUGGAUGCACAAAGUUGCACCGAAACGCCUCUUUGACUUCAGCAGAUCCUGUAAUCUUUGUAAUACUACAAGGAAAUCCUUCUAUCAUCCAGAACCUGAAUUUAUAUACCGACAACCUGAAGCAAAGACCCUCUAACAGCAGUCAUCCAGACUUGACUGAGGCAACAAGAGAGACAUUUGAAUCAACUAAUGCAGAGACAUCACACUUUCCUGGAGUGGCUUUAGUUUCAUCCUCAAUUCAAACAGAAGAUCCAACUAGUGGUGUCUCUCCUCUAAGCAGACAAAACGUCUACAUGUCUCAGUUGUCUGCGGAACAUCUGGACCCUUCUGCAUCUAGGAGAAGACAUGAAUUAAGAGUAAUUCUUGAAAACCCCAAAAUAAAUUUUCAAAAAGCAUCUCCAUCAAGACAAGGAUUGAAUCAAAGGAGAAAUAACAAAAUACACAGGACUGAAGAUACAGAGGACAAUAACCCUUCUAUGGGGGCUGUAGAAAGCUCUUCCAUCUCCAGUGCAGCUCAGCAGCCUGCUUGGAUCAAGACCUGCACUUUAGCUUCUUUCAAUAUGAUUCAAAGAGUAACUGGGGUUUGUGUGCACAUAGCUGGAAGAGUUUUCCAAAGGCUUUCUGUAUUUUUGAUGUCUUUAUCAGAUAGAGUUCUGACACUGGUUCCUGAAAUUUUUAUUUGAAUCUUUCUAGCAAUUCCAUUACUUAUAGUUGAGCUCUCAAAAUAAGGCCAGGCCAUAUUUAAAAGAAUUUAAAGGCAUUGGCAAUAGGUAGAGACUGGUACACCUAACAAUCAAAGAAUAACCUUUUAAUAACUAUUUCAGUAAAUAUGAUAUUAAUGGUUAUUUGGUGAUCUGUUAAUAUUUUGUUUUAUUGCCACAGAAGAUGCUGGGAUAUGCUUAUAGUCUUACAUUUUAUAACAGAAAUUAUCACCUGGGUUUUGUUUAAACUCUAACUUUUAGUAUGACAUAGAUAACCUGGGUAAAUACCAAAAAAAUAUAUAUAUUUAAAAGGAAACCUUAUCUAAACCAAACAGGGAUGAUGUAAAACAUGUAAAAACAUUUAAAUGAAGAAAAAAGAAAUAUUUUCAUAUGUGGGUUCUCUCCUGGUGCUCAGGCUUGCCCCACAGUUCAAAAACAUGACUAUUAGGUUCAUUGGUCUCUCUAAAUUGUACUGUUUUAUUCUUAUUCGAACUUAAAUUUUUGUGUUAUUCCCAAUUGAUAUUAAUGUCAUGUUAAACUUAAAAGAAUGUCUUCAGUUAAAAUACUUUAUGUAGUCCAUUUGAUUUUUUUUCUUAUUCAAGACCAAUUUGUCUUUUGAAAUGUAUGUUCUGUGAAACAAUUAAAAUAUUUAUAAUAAAACAAUACAAACCACUGAAGAAAUACAGUUGAACAAAAAUCUAUUAAUAAUCUCUUUCUCCAUUCAAAAUUCCAUUUUCCUUUUAAUAAUAAAUGAAAUUGUGCUUUGUAAUCACCAAACUGCUAAGUAAUAUCAGCAGAGUCCUACAAGGCAAAACUUUCAUUCAAGUCCAACAUCCUACUGCUCAUUUAUAAAAAUGAAAUUAACACAAAUCACCAACAGUAGGUUCUGAAAGUUCAAUCUGAUAAAAUACCUCUACAUUGUUCCCUGUAUAAGUAACCUCUGCAGCAAACGACUGUUUUCUGCUCCACCAUCUAUAAUCUUCUCACUCUCUAGCAUCUUCAGUACUGGCUUUCCGAGGUGGAGUACAAGAAAGAGUACAAACAUAAUGUACUCAAGUAAAAGUACAGUUACUUUGAUAAAAUUUUACUUAAAUUAUAGUAAAGUUACCAGUGUCAAAUAAAGGUAAAAAGUACCUCAAAACCUUUUUCUUUGGUAAAAGUCAGUUACAUUUUUAUGAGCAGAAGAAAGUCCUUCUUGUGCAUUUCAUAAAGCAAAAUAGGAGAUAAUAGUCUAAAACAGUUUCUAAUUAAAGGGGGACCUUUAUUAACUAGAAAAAUUGCAUUUCCUGCGAAAAUGCAGUGUGAAUGCUGUAAGCUAAAUAUUUUAGCUGAAAGCUGGCAGAAACAAGCUGAAAUUGACUGCAGAAAAUCUGCUGAAA